GAAGCCAGACCCCGGCGCUCUGAACCCUGGCACCGCCGACCGCCAGACCCGGCCCCUGGGGCGCGGCCCUCCAGGCUUCUGCGCGCCCCAGGGGGCUCCGGGCCGCCCGCGAGCCUCAGCCGGCGGAUGGCUUUUGACACAAAGCCCUUGACCACCAGGGCCAGCCUCUUCCUGAAAGCCCCGCGCGCUCCCAUCCAGGAAGUAGAAGCCAGCGGGCCGCCCCGCGCUUCCCCACUGGGCGCGCGGCUGGUGGCGGCGCCCGGCCUGGCCUGGGCGGAGAACCCGGCCAGCGCCCCGCGGGUAUCACCGCGCGCCUGAGCCCCGCGGAGUCGCGUCCCCGGCCGCCCGCCGCACCAUGAGCCGUGCGGAGGCGCCGGUCGUCCUCGCCCGUCCUGUUCCAGAUGCUGACAAAGCAGAGGGAGAGGGAGAGGAGGAGAAAGACGACGUGAGGCUUGGUCUGCCAGCCACCCUGAAGAACUGCAUUCCUUGUCGGGGCAUUAGUGUCCUGGAAAAGUUGGUGAAGACAUGCCCUGUGUGGCUGCAGCUGGGACUAGGCCGGGCAGAGGCAGCCAGGAUCCUGCAGCGGGAGGUGACUGGGAUGUUCCUGGUGCGCCGGGACAGCAGCCUGAACUGCCUGGUGCUGUGUGUUCACUUCCCUUCCCUGAAUGACAGCUCCUCUGAGGUGCUGGAGUACCCCAUUAAAGAAGAAAAAUCCAUACUGUACCUGGAAGGCUCAGUUCUCGUGUUUGAGGACAUCUUCAAACUGAUUGCAUUCUACUGUGUCAGUAGAGACUUGCUGCCCUUCACACUGCGGCUGCCCCAAGCCAUCCUUGAGGCCAGCAGUUUCCCAGACCUUGAGAUCAUCUCCAACCUAGGCCUGGGCUUCUGGGACUCCUUACUGAACCCUCCGAGAGUCCCAGCUGAGCCUCCCAGAGGCCCUGCACCUGGGGCCCCUGCAGCCUCCAGCCGCCUGCCCAGCACACAUUACGAAAACUGUUCCUGCGAAAUUGAGCUGUCAGUGGGAAACGACCGCCUGUGGUUUGUGAACCCAAUUUUCAUUGAGGACUGCGCCCUACCGGCUGAUCUAUCACCUCCUGGCAGCUGCCCCCCACGCCCAGCGCCUGCCACCUUGGAUGCUACCUCGUCCACCUCCAGGGGGUCCCCACGCCGCCCCCCACCUCCACCCCCAGUGCCCACCCUUCCUCCUGCUAGCCCAGUCCAUCCUCCUGCACCUCGUGUACCCCCUGUACCUGCUGCUCCUUUGCCCGAUCCCCCCCUAGUACCCACCUCUCACCUUGCACUCCAUGCCCCAGGCUACCCAAGCCAGCCACCCAUGACAGCCUGUGAGAGGCUCCCACGCCCUGCUGUAGGCCUGGGCCCCCUCAGGGAGGAAGAGAUGAAGCCAGGGACAGCCCCCAGCUCCUUGCAGCCCACCUCUCCCCCUCCUCUGCCCUUGAAAAAGAAUCUUCCAGCAGCUCCUCCUAGACGGCGCAUCUCUGAGAGACUGUCCCUGGAAAGCCAGAGUGUGGACAUGGUGGCAAAGGGCGACCACCUGGGUGUUUCCAGGACAGCCUCGCUGAGCCUCUCUCUCCAGAGCACCUCAAACAUCCCUGAGGACCAGCCUCAAAGGACCACAGAGCAAGGCCAGGACACAGAAGCCAAAGCCAGCCAUCCUGACAGCAUAUCUAUGCCAGUGCUUCCGGGGAAGGCCAGGCAGCCCCCAGUUCCACCCCCCAGGAAGAAGCGGGUCUCCCGGCAGCUGGCCUCUACGCUCCCCAGUCCCAUGGAAGGUCCUGAGUACCCCACACGGGAGACAGACUCAGAGAAACCAACGCCUGGUGCACCUGGGGAAGGUUCAAGUCCUGUUCCCCAAGCUGGAACGCAGCAUCUCCAGGCCAGCACUUGUCCCCACAGCUCUCCAGAGUUCAAGGGCUCACUGGCCUCACUCUCAGACAGCUUGGGGGUGCCUGCCUCAGCCACUGACCAGGACUCCUACUCAACCAGCAGUGCAGAGGAGGAGCUGGAGUUCAGCAGCCCCAGUGUGAAGAAGAAGCCCUCGAUGAUCCUGGACAAGGCCCGCCACCGCCUCAGCUUCGUCAGCUUUGCCAGCGUCUUCCAUGCCUUCCUUUCCAGUGACCGCAAGCUGUACAAGAAGGUGGUAGAACUAGCACAGGACAAGGGCUCGUACUUCGGCAGCCUGGUGCAGGACUACAAGGUGUACAGCCUGGAGAUGAUGGCACGUCAGGCAUCCAGUACUGAGAUGCUACAGGAGAUCCGCACCAUGAUGACGCAGCUCAAGAGCUACCUGCUGCAGAGCACCGAACUCAAGGCCCUGGUGGAGCCCGCCCUGCACUCAGAGGAGGAGCUCGAGGCCAUUGUGGAGUCGGCCUUGUACAAGUGCGUCCUAAAGCCCCUGAAGGAGGCCAUCAACUGCAGCCUGUUAGAGAUCCACACCCGGGAUGGCUCUCUGCAGCAGCUGAAGGACAACCAGCUGGUGAUCCUGGCUACCACCACCACUGACCUGGGUGUGACCACCAGUGUGCCUGAGGUGGCCGUCAUGGAGAAGAUCCUGCAGAAGCUGACCAACAUGCACAAGGCCUACUCACCAGGGAAGAAGAUCUCCAUCUUGCUGAAGACAUGCAAGAUCAUCUAUGACUCCAUGGCCCUCGGCAACCCAGGGAAGCCCUAUGGGGCCGACGACUUCCUGCCCGUGCUCAUGUAUGUGCUGGCCCGCAGCAACCUCACUGAGAUGCUUCUCAAUGUGGAGUACAUGAUGGAGCUCAUGGACCCUGCCUUGCAGCUUGGGGAGGGUUCCUAUUAUCUGACCACCACCUACGGGGCCCUGGAGCACAUCAAGAACUAUGACAAGAUCACAGUGACCAGACAGCUGAGUGUAGAGGUGCAGGACUCCAUCCACCGCUGGGAACGCAGGAGGACGCUCAACAAGGCCCGGGCUUCCCGUUCCUCCGUACAGGACUUCAUCUGUGUGUCGUUCCUGGAACCAGAGCAGCAGUCGCGGACGCUGGCCUCGAGGGCGGACACAGCAGCCCAGGCACUGUGUGCACAGUGUGCUGAGAAGUUCGAGGUCACACAGCCCGAAGACUACCGCCUCUUCGUGCUGGUGGAUGGGCGCUGCUUCCAGCUGGCUGACGAGGCUCUGCCCCACUGCAUCAAGGGCUAUCUCCUGCGCAGUGAGCCCAAGCGAGACUUCCACUUUGUAUACCGGCCACUGGAUGGUGGUGGGGGCCCCAACCCGCCCUGCCUGGUGGUGCGGGAGCCCAACUUCCUAUGAGGUGACCCACCUGGCCCUGCAAUGACAGGAUUUCCUGCGACUGGUAGACAGAGGGACUGGGACUAAGCUCUCCUGGGUCACUCCCAUACACAUACUCAGCCACACCUAUUCAUUUAUCAGAGCAUCUGACCACACAUGUGCUCCCAACACAGGUGCCUGUGUCAGGCACACUGGUGGGCCGCCCACUGAGCAUGCCUAAGCCACCAGGGCAGAAUGUUGCAAAAAAUAUCAUGAAACAGUGGCAAAGGCACUUCCUGAAGCAGUCAUAACCGGGGGCCAUGUUCUUCAUUAGACAGAAAGGGAAACUGAGGCUUAGACAGAAAAGAGGCUCUCUAGUCAGCUGUAGAGAAUAAGCCAAACCCCUCAGGCCAUUCACUCUGUCUUCCCCUUGUCCCCAUAUCUGUAGUCCUUCCAGAUAAGAACCUGAGUUCACUUUCCCCAAGACUGACUGGGGAAGGGGUUCCUGGCCCCAGCUACUCCCUAAGCCUCAGGAUGGAGCCAGGAUGUUUUGCACCAACCCAGGAUCUCAGGAGUAUCUCUCUGUAUCUAUCGAAGAGACCGCCUCAUGCCCACCCCUGCCUCAGAGCCUGCCUUCAGCCCCCAGAGUGCCCACAGUCCACCAAGUUACCCGAGCCUCACCUGAAGCAGCCAGGCCCACACACCCAGACCACCAAACCAGGCUAGCUCCAGGAUACAUGGACAAGUCUAAAUUCUACCCCAUGGUGGGAGAUCAACAGAGCCUGUCCACUGAUGGAUGCAGCACAGGUGGUGGUGGUGAUUGCAUGGUGCACUGUGGGGGUUAAUAAAGGCCUUUUUGCAAAUGUUAAGCCCUUCUCUGAAGGGUCUGGAGUUCUGCUUGCCAGUUCAGGUCCCCACCAUCUUUGAGUUCCACUGUCCCCAGCUCUAGAUCAUUUCUAGAACCAUCUUUCUACCCUCUACUACUCUUAGGAAUACUUACGUUCACCUGGUAAACUCUUAGACAUCCUUCAAAACCCAUGAUGGCUCAUGCCUUUAAUCCUAGCACUCUUUGAGUUUGAGGCCAGCCUAGUCUACAUAGCAAGUUCCA